ACAGUGGGCUUCUUAUCGCCCGUUUGAAAUGAAUGCAAAUUAAGGAUUGUGUGAACUGCAGAGAGAGGCUGGAACUAACAGAGAGAGAGAAAGAGAAACAGGAGGAGGAAGAACCUGAUCUUCAAAGGACGGCCAGCGCCUCUCCACCAACUGUCCAGGACGUGCGAUCAAAUAUGGACCCACGGGGACAAGCAUCAUUGCCUGGUACAGUGCCACAGGAACAUUGGCAACCUCCCCCGCCGAUACCUGUGUCACGGGUUAAUGAAACUGCCAGCAAUGAAGCAGCAGAAAUAAUGGAGGGAUUGAAUAUGUUUAAACGAAUUUGCCAGAGUCAGGAAAUACCGGAAGAUGCGAUCUUGAAGAUGUCUGCAGAGGUGCUCUCCGCAAUAACUGAUCCACAGUCACGGGUUAAUGAAACUGCCAGCAAUGAAGCAGCAGAAAUAAUGGAGGGAUUGAAUAUGUUUAAACGAAUUUGCCAGAGUCAGGAAAUAUCAGAAGAUGAGAUCUUGAUGUCUGCAGAGGUGCUCUGCGCAAUAACUGAUCCACAGAAUGCAGCUGAGGACCUUCUUGCUGGGGCCAGCCAGCAGCCAGAGAUACAGGGACUGCUCCACAUCCAAGAGCUUCUGCAGAACUUUAAUGAAGGAGACCGUGGUGAGCCAAGGCAGCUAAUUCAGCUGGAGAAGGGGAAGAUGAUGAUGAAUGAAGGAACCUUACAGUUCUGCCUAGAACAGCCACAUCUGAGGGAUGUCCCCGUCUGUGUGAUCUCCAUUCUUGGGGAGGAGCGCAAAGGGAAAUCCUUCCUGCUCAACUACCUGCUACGCAGGCUCCAGAACCUGAACACACAAGGUGACUCAUGGAUGGGAAGGGACGAUGAUGUGCUGCAGGGUUUUACAUGGAGAGCUGGAACCGCAAAAACGACAGAGGGGCUGUGGAUUUGGAGCAAACCUUUCAUCAUUGAAAGAUAUGGCAAUAAGGUGGCUGUCUUCCUGGUAGACAGUGAGGGUUCACUGAACAUGAAAGAAAACAAAGAGAGCAUGGUGAAGAUGUCCACUAUAAGCAUGAUCCUCAGCAACUACCUGAUCUACAAUACUCAGAACAAAAUGAAUACUGCGGACUGGAGUACUUGGAGAAGGAGUUUUGGCGCGCACAGAGCAGCCAGCCGGGACCCCGCUCCCACUGAUCACCGUGGCAGGACUGCGGGUCGUUGUCACCCCCAGCUGGAGAAGCCCUGGGCUGCAGUGAGACUGGUGGGAGCUGACACCCUGGAGCCUCAACAGAAGAGACGUCAGCAGAACUUUAAUGAAGGAGACCGUGGUGAGCCAAGGCAGCUAAUUCAGCUGGAGAAGGGGAAGAUGCUGGUGAAUGAAGGAACCUUACAGUUCUGCCUAGAACAGCCACAUCUGAGGGAUGUCCCCGUCUGUGUGAUCUCCAUUCUUGGGGAGGAGCGCAAAGGGAAAUCCUUCCUGCUCAACUACCUGCUACGCAGGCUCCAGAACCUGGUGAGGCCUCCUAACUCUGGCUAA